GCGGAGGCGGCGGGGCCGCGCCGCCCCUGCCGCAUUGGUUUGCGGCGGAGCCCGUCAGCGCCGCGGCGCCGAGAUUGGCCCCCGCAGCCGGCGCCGGGUGCCCCCCCCCGGGGCCUGCCUCCACCCCGCCCGCCGUGCGCCGCGGCCCGGGCACGGGCACCGCGCUCCGCUCCGCGCCGCUCCGCGCCGCUCCGCUCGGCCCGCAGCGGGGGCAGGGCCGGGCCGGGCAGGGCAGGGCCGAACCGGGCGGGGGGCGCGUCCUCCGCACCCCCCCCCCCCCCCAGCCUCGCACCGCGCCGGCAGCGGGGAUGUGAGCGGAGGCUCCGCCGCUCCGCGCCCGCUCCGCAGCCCGCUGCUCCGCCGCCCGGCUCGGGAAGAUGCUGAGCAGGUGGAUGAGUGGCAGCAGCAGGAACCUGGACCGCGAGUACAACUGCACCGUGCGGCUGCUGGACGACAGCGAGUACACCUGCACCAUCCAGAGAGAUGCUAAGGGCCAGUACCUGUUCGACCUUCUCUGCCACCACCUGAACCUGCUGGAGAAGGACUACUUCGGCAUUCGGUUUGUGGACCCUGACAAGCAAAGGCAUUGGCUGGAAUUUACCAAGUCGGUUGUGAAGCAGAUGAGGGCCCAGCCUCCCUUCACCAUGUGCUUCCGUGUGAAGUUUUAUCCCACGGACCCCGCUGCUCUGAAGGAGGAGAUCACCAGGUAUUUAGUCUUCCUGCAGAUCAAAAGGGAUCUCUACCACGGCCGUCUCCUCUGCAAGACUUCGGAUGCUGCUUUGUUGGCCGCCUAUAUCCUUCAAGCUGAGAUCGGGGAUUACGACCCGGGGAAGCACCCAGAAGGCUACAGCUCCAAGUUCCAGUUCUUCCCCAAACACUCGGAGAAGCUGGAGAGGAAAAUUGCGGAGAUCCACAAGUCAGAGCUGAGUGGGCAGACACCAGCUACUUCAGAGCUGAAUUUCCUCAGGAAAGCCCAGACUCUGGAGACCUACGGGGUUGACCCACACCCUUGCAAGGAUGUGUCGGGGAACGCGGCAUUUUUGGCCUUCACUCCCUUCGGUUUUGUUGUUCUGCAGGGAAACAAGAGAGUACACUUCAUUAAAUGGAACGAGGUGACCAAAAUGAAAUUCGAAGGGAAGACUUUCUAUUUAUACGUAAGUCAGAAAGAGGAAAAGAAAAUUGUUCUUACAUAUUUUGCCCCAACACCAGAAGCCUGCAAGCACCUCUGGAAGUGUGGGAUAGAAAACCAGGCUUUCUACAAGUUGGAGAAGUCGAGCCAGGUCCGGACGGUGUCCAGCAGCAACUUGUUCUUCAAGGGAAGCCGGUUCCGAUACAGUGGCCGCGUUGCAAAGGAGGUGAUGGAGUCCAGUGCCAAGAUCAAGAGGGAGCCGCCCGAGAUUCACCGGGCAGGGCUGGUGCCGAGCCGGAGCUGCCCCUCCAUCACCCACGGCCCCCGCCUGAGCAGCGUGCCCCGCACCCGGAGGAGAGCCGUGCACAUCUCCAUCAUGGAAGGCCUGGAGUCCCUGCGCGACAGUGCCCACUCGACCCCGGUGCGCUCGGCCUCCCACGGCGACGCCUUCACGGCCCCCGGCCGGAGCGGCCGCGCCGAGAGCAGUGAGCGGGUAGCCGUCAUCGCCGACGAGAACUACAGCCCGGCGGACAGCGUGCUGCCCACGCCGGUGGCCGAGCACAGCCUGGAGCUGAUGCUGCUCUCGCGGCAGGCGAACGGGGCCCCGUGCAGCAUCGAGGAGGAGAAGGAGUCAGAGGCCGGCACGCCGGCGGCAGCCGAGGCGGAGGAGGCGGGCGGCGAGCUGCGGGCCCUGUGCCCGGGCGCCGGUGGCCUGGGGGCGGCGCAGGCGGAACAGGUGAAUAAGUUUGUUUUAAGUGUCCUCCGUUUGCUCCUUGUGACAGUUGGACUCCUCUUUGUUUUGCUCCUCCUCCUGAUCGUCCUUACCGAGUCCGACCUUGACACUGCCUUUUUCCGUGAUAUCCGCCAGACCCCCGAGUUCGAGCAGUUCCAUUACCAAUACUUUUGUCCCCUCAGGCGAUGGUUUGCCUGCAAAGUCCGCGCCGUGGUAAACCUGCUCAUUGACACCUGAAGGCAGGAGUCGCCACGUAACUAGCCGGGGGCCUGGGGAGAGACCUGCCGCCGUCCCCCGCGCGCGGGACCCGCCGGGGCGCCUUCGGCACACACACUAAUCUUCCCUUCCAGACCCAGAGCACGGCGCGGCCGAGGAGGCGGCUUUCCGGGAGGAAGAUGGGGGUGGGCGCAGCCCCCCGGGGCCUCCUCCUCCCUGCGCUCAGCCGCGCUGCUCCCACCCCCGGAGCCCGCACAACACUUUACCGUUCCGAUUCUCACAGAUGCGCGUACGACUUCGGAAGCACCAAGCAAAGAGAGGAAUUUAUUUUACUGUUGCCACCCAUCAUUGUACGAGCAUCGGCCGGGAGGCUUGCGAUGCUGUAUUAUGCAGGAGCUUUAGCAAUGGUGCUACUGAGUAUUAAUUUAAACACUCGUGUACUGUUACGUUAUUAAAUCCACCACUGUGCACACCACCACCACCACCACCUUCCAAGUAACGCUUUGCAGAAAUCCCUCCCUGCUAACCGGAGUCUCCUACGCGGCGAUGCGUGGCACGAUGCUAUCAUCGGGGGACGCCCCAGUUCCCCCCCACUCCUGGGCGGGUGCGGUAGCUGGCUCCCCACGGCACAGCAAUCACCUGGCGGACGGGAGCCCUCGCCCUGCGCUGCAGACUCAGCCUUUCGCCACUUUUUCUAAGCCUUGAAGCGUCGGUGCUCCCAAGGGCAGGGAGAGCACAGGCAGGCAAGAGCACACCAGGCACCCUCGGCCAAGCCUGGACGCAUAGCCGGUAGUGACCAUGUUGGAUUUAUUAGGAAGACCUUUAGCCUCCGAAAGUCGUACCUGUUUUGUACAAAAAAAAAAAAAAACAACAACAAAAAAAACCAAAAAAAAAAAAAGAGAGACUGUUUCAAGGUCUAUUUUAACAACAAAAAUGCUAUUUUGUUAUCAAAUCUAAUCAAGUCUUUUUUUACUUUAUGGAUUGGGUGACCAUGGUGCACUGUACCAAGCGGUUCACAUCAUUGAGCAAAUGGUUUAAGAGUAAACGCUUUUGUAGCCUGGAAGCCUAACACCAGAUUAACCCAUUGCUAGUUUUGGAAUAGAGAAAGGAGCUAUAAUUUUGUGACUUUUCUGAAGAUAAAAAGGACAGAACUACAGGAGCGGAGGUGACACUGAACAAGCCAAUGGACAACCAUUAGACCUAUCUGUUCUUAAGCAAAAAUCAAUAAAACCAACUCAUCGUACUUGUGACAUAACCACCGGGACCUUCAGUUACCUGGGAAGCAGCAGUCUAUUUACACAGGGAGCAAUAAAAGCCAGUUCUGUUCAGUUUUGAUUGAGAAGUUGGACAUACAUAACAAAAAAAGGUGAAAACAAGGUGAGCAAGUUUUAUUUCAUCUCAGGGAGAGAUUUUACGUAAGCUGGGGCCAUAACUGCAGUUUUAAAAAGCCUGAUUUCCGUGUUCUUGUCUCUGAGCAUCCCACCAUCCAUUACCACAUGCGCGCACGAGCGCCACUCCUCGCCGAGGCUGGCUCCUGCCCGCUCCAGACCCACUCAGCUGGCACCUGGCGAAGGAGCAUGAUGAUGAUGUUGGUCAAUCCAACACCACAAGUUGGCCAGACUUGGAUCGUUUGUCACUGCAAUAAAGAGAGAGGUCCCGUUUAACUACUGUCUGUCAG